UUUACUUCUAUGUACAUAUCGUAAAAUGGCAACAAUUUGGAUUUAAUUUUUGGAUAAGGAAUCAUUGUUUUGCGCGGUAUUAAUAUUGAGUUCUCACUUAAUUAUUCCAUAUAUAAUUGCUUUGAUUAACAUUUAUAAAGAAUAAAAAUGACUAUCAGCAAAAAUAACAAGAUGCUCCAGCAUCUUAAUUAUAGGAUGCGAGUUACUCUUCAAGAUAGCAGAAUUUUUAUUGGUACAUUUAAAGCGUUUGAUAAACAUAUGAACCUUAUUUUGGGAGAUUGUGAUGAAUUUAGGAAAAUAAAGCCAAAGAAGAAGGAUAAAGACAGCCAUGAAAAGGAAGAGAAGAGGGCUCUUGGAUUGGUGUUGCUUCGAGGUGAAAAUAUUGUCUCGCUAACUGUGGAAGGACCUCCACCAGCUGAGGAGGGUCUUCCUCGAGUUCCCAUCCCUGGUGCGCAUCCUGGACCUGGACUUGGAAGAGCAGCUGGACGAGGAGUACCAGCUGCACCUGUUGGUGCUGCGCCUGUUGGUUUGCAAGGUCCUGUACGUGGUGUUGGAGGACCUUCACCCCAAGUAAUGGCACCUCAAGGGAGAGCUGCAACUGCAGUUGCUGCCCCUCCUCAAAUGAGACCACCUCCACCUGGUCCUGCACAACCUCAAAGAAUGCCAGGGCCACCUAUGCCAACUAGGGGUGCUCCACCACCUGGAAUGAUGGGACCACCACCAGGUAUGAUGGGUCGUGGAAUGCCACAACCUCCAAUGGGCCGUGGUAUGCAGCAGAUGGCAGGACCUCCUGGUAUGCGAGGGCCACCACCUGGCAUGAUGCGAGGAGGACCCCCUCCUGGUAUGAGACCGCCACAUCCACCCCGAGGUUAAAUGGAGAUUUUCAGCCAUUUUACAUGUUAUUCAUUUUAUUCUACAUUUAUCUUGUAUAAAAUAAUGUAAUUAAUUUUUGACAAUAAAAGGAUUUCUCACUUUUUA